AUCCGUCGGCCACCUUGGAUUUUUGUUCAUCGUUCCUGAAACCAUGAAAAGAGACAACGCCGGGAACGGUACAGACGGUCCACCGUCGAAGUUCCAGCGUCCAGCUGCAGAUGUUUCCAACGUAGUUUUGCGGUUCCUUAUCCCGUGCCGUGCUGCUGGCAUAAUGAUUGGCAAAGGUGGUGAAAACAUCAAAAAAAUCCGCUCACAGUAUAACGUGAAACUCAAUAUACCUGACAACAGAGGCCCUGAACGUAUCAUGACGAUUGAGGGCGAUCUCCAGGCCAUCUGCAAUAUAAUGAAAGAUGUCUCUCCGAAACUGAAGGAUAUAAUGAAUGCAAAACUAUCCGACCCGAAACGAAUCAUGGGCCACGUGCCGUUCAAACGGCGUCCCAGACCUGGUGCCGAAUCAGAAGAACCCGAAAAAGAGGACGAGGAAGACGAUAGCAUGUUGGACUACCGGAUCCUCGUCCAUGAAAGUCAAGCGGGUUCAGUGAUUGGGAGGGGAGGUGAACGCAUUAAGGAACUUCGUGAUAAAUACAGGAUGCGCGUGAUCAAGGUGUACCAGCUGUUGGCUCCCAUGUCCACCGAUCGUGUGGUUCAAAUGGUGGCAGAACCUGAAAAUGCGAUAGCUUGUUUGAAGUCUGUUGUGGAGGCUGUUGAGUCUGCACCUCCCCGUGGUCGGCGUGAGGACUAUGAUGCGGCGAACUUCUGCGAGGCGGAUGCGCUUAAUUACGGUGGUUUCCUCUCUCGUGAGGCCCUUCAAGCUCUGUCGCAAGGAAUGCCUAUCCAGAGGCCAAUGGGUAUGCCGCCAUACAUGGGCGGUGGACCUUAUCAGAUGGGUGGACCAAUGGGCCCCGGUCCGAUGCCGGGUGGCAUGGGUCCCAUGGGCGCAGGUAUGGGACCAAUGGGGGGUGGACGAGGGCCAAUGGGUGGCGGGCGUGGACAAAUGGGAGGAGGACGUGGUACAAGGCCGGGAGGAAUGAUGGGUGCCGGCGGGCCACGCUCAACGCCCGGAGGACCCGCUCCGGUGCCGCCACCUGGUGGUCCCAGAGGUGGACCUCCAGCCCCUGUUGGAUCGACCGGGGGCUAUGGUGGCCCUGGGGCUCCCUAUGGCGGACCGGGAUUUGACGGAGCUGGUGGCUACGACGGUUCGAUGUACAAUGCAGAUACUCCCGGACAGACAGGUUAUGGUGGCCAAAGUUUCGGCGGUUCUGGAGGGGCACCUGCUGCUGGCGGAUACGGCGGAGGUUCCGGUUAUGGGACGGGAGCUCCCCGCGGAGCUGGGGAUAUGGCUCCUCCGGCUGGAGGCGCACGUGGUGGAUCAUAUGGCGGGUACGGGGCGGCCGCUCCUGGUAUGCACGAUGACGCCAAAGUCAGUCAAUGGGGUGACAGCUGUAUUAGGUCUGUCAGUAGUGUGAUGGACAGUCAUCGCAUGAACCACAGGCCAGAAUUGCGUUGGGGGUCAGUUCUGGUCAGUAGAGCCCGCAAGAUCGCUGUUCGCGAAUCCAAGCAAGCAGGACACAUGGCCCUUGUUCGUACCCUGGAUCCCCUCUAUGUUGACAUAUGCUGUCUGUCGAAAACAAGGAUACAUGAUGCAAGUACUCUGGUUGAGCAGACUCCUCUAGCUUUCUUCCAGUAUCAAUUUCCGGAACAACAGAAAUCGCCUGACAGUGUAGUGCCCACCAAUGAAUCAACUCCGAAUCCGAAUGGACUACAUCGCCGUCACUUGCCGGUGACAGAGUCGAUCACUGUCUGGCGCUCUUGGUGUACCAUUGUAAAAUGCAAAACGUGCACACCCCACCUAACCAUUCAAGUUAGUGGGUUUGAAAUCAAAAAAUACUUCCAGAAUCGCCUCAUUGAACGUCUGGCGGACAGUCCGAUGUCACGUACUAAUGACCACUGGGGGCAGAUGCCUGUCGACAAUCAGAAU